UCUGAUAGUAGUCACCGCAGAUUCCAUAUAUAUAGAGAGAGAAAGAGAAACGUUACCAGCAUAUGGACAACACAUUAAUAACUAAAACCAAAAUUCUUGUUAAGCAUAAAACUCUGGAGAUAGCUUGAAGAACAAGAGUACAUUUUCGAUCAGAUGAAGCGAGAGAGAAUCUCCGGCGCACUACCGGCGGCAGAACAAGAAGAGCGCAAUCGGAAGAUAGUGAAAUCAGUGUACAAGGCGUUGCGUGGAGGCGGCGACACGGCGAAGGUAGAGAAGAUAGUGGGAAAAGAGCUUGAAUGGUGGUACCAUGGGCCUCCACAUUGGCAUCACAUGAUGAAAGCGUUGACUGGGAAGUCAACGGGAGAUUGUUUCGAGUUUAGGCCAAGGAGAGUGAAGGCCAUUGGUGAUGAGCGUGUGAUUGUUGAAGGGUGGGAAGGGGUGGGAGAGUAUUGGGUGCACGUGUGGGGACUCAAGCAGGGGAUAAUUUCCCAGCUGCGUGAGUACUUCAACACCUUGGUCACUGUAGUGGUGGUGGUUCGCGUCGAUGAGGAUGGUGGCGGUUGUAAGCGCCAGGAAGAAGUUAGCUUAUGGCGGACCACGUCUUGGGCUAGGGCUCGUGGAUCUUUACCUGAUCUUGUCCUUGCCAUAUAAAUCAUACAAAAAUAAUUGUUUUCCUA